AUGGUCUCAUCCGUCCCCACCCCCACCGCAGAUUCUCUGAACAACGCUCACACGCAAUCAGCAGGCAAUAUGAGCCAAGUGAAUGAGCAAACCGCUCGUAUCAUUGCACACAGUAAGCAUUUUAAUGCACUUAUAAACCAGAUCCCAGCCAAAUACUAUCUGUUGAGCAGUCAGGAUGAUGGUAGCAAAAGUGGGGGCUGGGUGAAGUAUGGAGUGAAUAUAAACAAAAGAAAGGCACCCAAGGAUGAGGUUAAGGAGAACACAAAACGCGCAAAAAAAUUGAGAUUAGACCCUGCCAGCCACAAGUCAACUGUAGAUACCCAGGUUAGUGAUCUGUUUGACUGCACCAUGUUCGUAUAUAUAUAG